UCCCACUGCCAGUGAGACUUUUGCUCUGCCCCAGAGCGUAAGCAGUGAGUUGCCAGAUAGAGACUCUGCGGCUCUUCAGUUUUAAACUCAUCUAAACUGUGUGGAGCGAAAUCAUUCUACAGGAACCCAAGCGCGAGAGAGAGGGAGCUGAAUCCCACUCCACUGUCAUUACGCGCAAAUCACAUUAUUCGUGUGAAAAAGGCAGAGGGACGCUAAAAUGUGUUUGGUAUUGGAUGCUUUCCUUAAUACAAUCUAAGGCAGGAGGGAUUUUUUAGUUUUUAUUUUUUUUACAUUUUGAGAAGGAAAAUUGAGAAGGAAACACGGUCUAAAACCUCCGUGUCGUUCAUUUCUGUGGAUAUAUAGCGGUUUUUGGACACGGGAGCGCUCACGAGCACAGCGCGAGACACGGAGAAGCUCAUCAAAGGAAAGCAGCACUGGACUUUGAAUCUGAAGAUUAGUAGUCUUGCCUUGUACUAUCAGCCUAUUGGUUUUAUUUUUGAUGGAUUUACCUGCGUAACUCAGACUUUCUCAAAAGUUGCUUAUUGGAUUUCCAAGGAUAAAUGACUCUUGAACGGCGAGGAAAAAAGGACACAUGAGUGUCUCGAGGGGAACCAAGAUCCGAGGGCACUAAGAACUGCUGGUACCUUAUCGAACCUAAUACGGACCGUGCGAAGUACACGCGAAAAUAGGUUUGUGACUACACCGAGGUUGCCAAUGCCUGGAGUCAGCAUUUGAAGCUGACCAGCUGUCUCCCACACUUACAAACAUUACCUCAGCAAGAUGUUGAGCAUCUUUAAGGUUCUCAUUAGCAUCUAUUUAACGGAACUGGUGUUUUCAAGAAGCAUAAUAUCCGGGGAAGUCCGGGCAAAAGAUAUCCGAGUUUCACGACCAAUUCUUAUUCCUGGAUUUCCUGAGAAUGCUACUGUGUUGGUUGGAGGACAUGUGAAAUUGGUGUGUAAACUCCACCAGCCAGCCUCAACACGUCUCCAGUGGUUCAAGAAGGACAGCAAUCGCCUGGGGCCUGAUGGAUCACCAAUUCUUACAGCGCUUACGCCUCUUCUUGAGAACCUCUCCAAAGUCAACAUUCUUCCUUUAGUGAAUGUCACCGUGGAAGAUGCUGGGGAGUAUGUAUGCAAAGCGGAAAACUCAGUUGGUCAAAUCACUCGCUCUGCCUGGGUGGAAGUCUUAUCAGAAGUUUCUGAGGAGCCAACUGAGGAAACAUCAGAGCAUCUACUCCUAGAGCUUGGAGAUGUACUAAAACUCCGUUGUGAUACAAACCAUCCUGGAACUAUCCAGUGGUUCAAGGGUGGUGUACGGGUGCAACACAAUGCUCGUAUCCAGAUAAGGGCAGCAGUCAUGGAUAUUGCUGAUGUCACCUUUGAAGAUUCAGGAGUGUAUGUGUGUAUGCUACGUGGCACCAAAGAGGCUCUACGCAAUUUCACUAUCACAGUGACAGAUGCUGUGGGAUCAGGAGAUGACGAUGAGGACAAUGGUCUUGACGAUGCUGGUCCUGAGACCGAAAAUGACCAGGUCUACCUCUCCAGAGCACCAUACUGGACUCACACUCAAAGGAUGGAGAAGAAGCUCUACGCAGUCCCAGCUGGAAACACUGUCAAAUUCCGCUGCCCUGCCACAGGGAGCCCUCUUCCCACUAUUCGCUGGCUAAAGAAUGGCAGAGAAUUCAGAGGAGAGCACCGGAUUGGAGGCAUCAAGCUACGGCAUCAGCACUGGAGCCUGGUCAUGGAAAGUGUGGUUCCCUCAGACCGUGGGAACUACAGUUGUUUGGUGGAGAACAAAUAUGGGUCCAUCGCUCACACCUACCUCUUGGACGUGUUGGAACGCUCUCCACACAGGCCAAUCCUUCAAGCUGGUUUACCCAAAAACACUACAGCUGUAGUGGGUGGAGAUGCCCAGUUCUUGUGUAAAGUCUACAGUGAUGCCCAGCCUCACAUCCAGUGGCUAAAACACAUAGAGAUGAAUGGCAGCCGUUAUGGGCCUGAUGGCAUUCCUUACGUAAAGAUUGUGAAGACAGGAAGCUUGAACAUGUCUGAAGUUGAAGUCUUGUAUCUUACCAAUAUCACAAUGGAGGAUGCAGGAGAAUACACCUGCUUGGCAGGAAACUCUAUUGGUUUCUCUCAUCAGUCUGCUUGGCUUACGGUCUUAUCAGAGGAGGAUGUGGCCAAGGAGAUGGACCUUAUGGAAGCCAAGUACACUGACAUCAUCAUCUAUGCCUCUGGUUUCCUGGCUCUGGUAAUGGCCAUUGUUAUAGUGGUCCUCUGCCGUAUGCAGGUUCAUCCCAGUCGGGAGCCUUUUGAUACUCUCCCAGUGCAGAAACUCUCCAAAUUUCCUCUACGCAGACAGUAUUCAGUGGAGUCCAAUUCUUCUGGAAAAUCAAGUGCGUCAUUGAUGCGGGUGGCUCGUCUUUCCUCCAGUUGUUCCCCAAUGCUGGCUGGAGUUAUGGAGUUUGAACUGCCUUAUGACCCUGACUGGGAGUUUCCAAGAGAGAAUUUGACUUUAGGUAAACCACUUGGAGAGGGCUGCUUUGGUCAAGUGGUGAGAGCGGAGGCUUAUGGGAUAAACAAAGAGAAUCAAGAUCAAGUAACAACUGUAGCUGUUAAAAUGCUAAAAGACGAUGCAACUGACAAAGACCUGGCAGACCUCAUCUCUGAGAUGGAGCUAAUGAAGGUGAUGGACAAGCACAAGAACAUCAUAAAUCUUCUUGGUGUUUGCACACAGGAUGGUCCAUUGUACGUGCUGGUUGAAUACGCAUCUAAGGGUAGCCUACGGGAAUAUCUCAGAGCACGUCGACCUCCUGGCAUGGACUACACCUUUGAUGUGACCAAGGUUCCUGAAGAACAGCUCACCUUUAAAGACCUAGUUUCCUGUGCCUACCAAGUUGCAAGAGGCAUGGAGUACCUGGCCUCCAAAAGAUGCAUUCACAGAGAUUUAGCAGCAAGGAAUGUUCUUGUGACAGAGGACAAUGUGAUGAAAAUUGCAGAUUUUGGUUUGGCAAGAGGAGUGCAUCAGAUUGACUACUACAAAAAAACCACUAAUGGACGUCUGCCAGUGAAAUGGAUGGCACCAGAAGCCUUGUUUGACAGAGUCUACACACACCAGAGCGACGUUUGGUCUUUUGGAGUUUUGAUGUGGGAGAUUUUCACAUUGGGAGGAUCACCAUACCCUGGGAUACCAGUAGAGGAGCUUUUUAAGCUGCUGAAGGAAGGUCAUCGAAUGGACAAACCUUCCAACUGCACCCAUGAACUCUACAUGAAGAUGAGAGAGUGCUGGCAUGCGGUACCAACACAAAGACCAACAUUCAAACAGCUUGUAGAAGAACUUGAUAGGGUGCUGGUGUCCAUUUCCGAUGAGUACCUGGACCUGUCCACCCCUUUCGAACAGUAUUCCCCAUCUUGUGAGGACACCUCCAGCUCUUGCUCUUCAGACAAUGAUUCAGUGUUUACCCAUGAUGCUAUGUCAACUGACCCAUGCCUUAUUGGCUACCACGAUGUGCGGAUGGACCUGAAGACGACAAUGCGAUAGUCCUUUUUGGGCACAAGCUUAUGGACAUCAGAUCUUGCUUGGAAACACUUGUAUGAAAAGCAGUACAAGGAUUUUCAACUUUGUUGCUCUGCCUAAGAACAUUAUAACAAUGCUUGGCACUAUGAAACUUGGUGAUUGGUAAUUUUCACAGAGAAACAGGACUGAGUCUGGUCAUGAGCUUUUUUGUUUAAAGUUUUUAUUGAAUGGGUGCUGCUGUAUGUAGAAAGCUAUGUUGGAGCAGCAUGCAGGAGUGUUUUCAAACCAGAUUUCUUUUUUUUUUUUUUUUUAAAGAGAACAUUUAUUUUGAUAUAAAAAGCAGAUAGCAUUGAUAAAUAUAAAUAUCUCUCUAUAUAAAAUUAUUCUACUUUUUUUUUUAUUUAAAGAACUGUCUUAAAUCUCAGGAUCUUGCAUGUUAAAAAUUGCUGUAGUGGCAGCAAAGUGCCUGAUUUUUGAUUUCCUGUGAAUACCUUAAAAUAUUUUAUGUACAUAUCAUUACAGAAGACAAUUACAUUUUAUAAAUUAUUCUAAAUGAUAUAAAGUGAAGGUGUUACUUAGGUGAAGAAAUUAUGUAAAUCUGUUCUGAAGCUAUCCCUGAAUGAAUCUUCAUUUCAUCGACACAUUUACAAUAGCUAUUGUUCGCUGCUCGUACCAUUGUACACUGUCAAGGCUAAACCUCUGAGCACUCAACUUCCUUAUGUUCUGUUCAUUUCAUGCCUCAGCGUUUGCUAAGCAUGGUUUGUCGUGGUCUUCUCCCCAACUAUUCAUCCCAUUCAAACUGAGACAUUGCGGGGACCAGCAUCGCUUCCAUUGUCAGUACUGUACAGAAGAAAAGGACUCGACUGAAUGUGAAAUGCCUUGAUAUUGAUUGAUUUCAAAUGGUGAAUCCUCCAUUGUUUGGUUGUAACCUUUUAACCACCCCAGUUUGUUUGCGGCGUCCAGGCAUAGGCCUAAGUGGACAAUGGUCUCAUGCAGCUGUAAUGUGUGUGACUGCUGGCUAGGGUGAUUGGGGGGCUGUCUAAGGUCUGUGUGCAAAUGAGAAAGCCCCUUAUUAUGCUAACAGCUCCAGCUGCCCAUCUUUAUCCUGCACUAUCUUUUAAUAUACAAAUGCUAAUGCUGGCCUUUCCAAACAAACUCAGCAAUGUCCUUCAGGGAAUGCAAAGCCUCAUCCCACAAGCUGAUAAGAAGCCAAUGGCUUUUUUCAAGUUAAUUUACCUUGUACUUUGCAUUCUUAGCCAGGGAUGCUCCUACAGUUCCCUUUGGGCACAUUCUGGGACAAUUGGUGCGCAUACUCCGAAUGAGUAUGCGAACUGAUUUCCCCAAUGUGAACAGAACUAUUCAAUUCGAUUUAUCACCAGAGCUCAAUCUUCUUUUCAGGCAGCUACAGUGAUGUAUGACCUCUAAAUAAGAAACAAACGCUUAAGCAGUCCAUGACACCUCCAGAAUUGUAAGAACACAUUCUUUGUGUAUGAAAUUAUAAACCACAUGACAUUCCAUUCGUGUAUUUCUCAUUGUAACAAUCAAACAAUGUUAUUAUAAAUUUCCCCUCAAGAGAGUUAUUUUAGAAAUAUUUAAUUUAUUUGUUUAUUGUUCGUUUUAUAUUAAAUAAAGUAUAAUUUAAAAUACUGGC